AUGUCGACAAUUAUCUACCAAUUAUCGGAAACACUCAACUCCAUUCCCCGUCUCAGAAUUUGGUCAUGGUCACAUCUGAACCAAAUCCAGGGCCUGCUAACGACCUCCGGCCUCUCCCGGACCGACCCUUAUGCCGGUAAAAUCCUCUCCUUGGCCGCAACUGUUGAUAUGAGGUACGCCCACCGGUUUUUUCUUCAACUCCCAAAUCCGACACGGUUUCACUACAAUGCCUUGAUACGGGGCUUCUCCAACAGCAGAAACCCCGCCCAAUCCUUCCUCCUAUUCGCCCAAAUGUUGCUCGCCGGUGUUCACCCCGACCACAUGACCUACCCUUUUCUCGCCAAGGCCUCCGCCCGUCUCUCGGACCUGAAACUCGGAGGCUGCCUCCACGCGCGCGUCCUGUCCACCGGCUACUCCCCCGACGUUUUCAUUUCCAACUCCUUGAUCCACAUGUACGGCUCCUGCUGCCAAAUUCGGAGCGCGUGCAAGGUGUUCGACGAGAUGCCCCUGAGGAACUCCGUCUCCUGGAACUCACUGUUGGAUGGGUACGCCAAAUGCGGGGACGUGGUCUCCAUGACCAAGGUGUUCCACUUAAUGCCUGAAAGAAACGUGGUGUCGUGGAGUGCUUUGAUCGGCGGGCACGUGAAAAAUGGGGGCCACGCGGAGGCACUGGAGUUAUUCGAGAGGAUGACAGACGGCGGCCCAGAUGCGAAUGAGGUGACCAUGGUGAGUGUCCUCAGCGCGUGCUCCCACCUGGGAGCGUCCGAGCGAGGGAGGGCCCUGCACCGUUACAUAAUCGACAAGCGUUUGCCUCUUACUCUUAUCCUGAGGACGUCCCUCGUGGACAUGUACGCAAAGUGUGGGGCGGUAGACGAGGCACUAGCCGUCUUCCGGGAAGUUGCGGUGGAAAAAACGGACCUUCUCAUGUGGAAUGCCGUCAUUGGAGGGCUCGCGGCCCACGGGUUUACAGGAAAGGCGCUUGAAAUGUACGGCGAGAUGAAGAGUUUGAGGAUGAGAGGGGACGAGAUUACGUACUUGUGUUUGCUCACCGCUUGUGCCCACGGGGGCCUCGUGAGAGAGGCCGAGGAGUAUUUUGAUGCCAUCAGGAAGGACGGCCUGGUCCCGAGCAGCGAGCACUAUGCAUGCAUGGUGGACGUGCUUGCUCGGGCAGGUCGACUGGCAGAGGCGUAUGUAUUUGUGCGCGAGAUGCCGGUGGAGGCCACGGCUUCUGUGUUGGGAGCGUUGUUCAAUGGGUGCAUGAGCCAUGGGAAUUUCGAGCUAGCAGAGGUGGUGGGGAGAAGGCUGGUGGAGAUGGACGCGGGCCAUGAUGGGAGAUACGUUGGGCUUUCGAAUGUUUUUGCGGUUGGGAGGCGUUGGGAGGAGGCGGAAAGCACAAGGCGGGCAAUGGAGUCGAGAGGGGUGAGGAAGCUAGCUGGGUGUAGCUAUGUGGAGUGUUUGGGGGGGCUCCAUGGGUUUGUCGCGCACCAUCAGGGGCAUCCUCAGUCGCAACAGAUUUAUUUCAUGUUGAGUGUAGUUGGGGAGCAUAUGAAAUCUGGAUAA